GAAGAAGAGAGAGAGAGAGAGCCCUACGCUUCCAAAAACCACUCUUCUCUUCUCCUUCUUCCUCCUCCUCCUAGUUUCAAAUCCCUUCCUUCUUUCCUGCUCAUUCAUCACUCUGCGUAUUCGUUUAUACAUACAUAUAUUAUUACAGGGGGCUAACUCAGACCUUCUCUGGUCUGGUCCCAGAUUCAAAUUAACCAGAAGCGACAUUCAUUUGUUUUUGAGAAAAAGAAAGAAAGAGAGGAUGGUAGGGAGUGGUAGGGUUUCGAUUGCGGCGGAAACGAGGAAGACGAUUCAGAGAAUCAAGGAGAUCACAGCUGGGAACUACAGUGAGGAUGAGAUUCACGCAAUGCUCCUUGAUUGCAAUAUGGAUCCCGAUGACGCUACUCAACGCCUCCUUCUUCAGGAUCCAUUCCUUGAGGUUAAGAAGAAGCGUGAUAAGAGAAAAGAGAAUCUUCGCAACAAGGACUCUGUUGAGCCACAAUGGAGAUCUGGUGGUGGCAUAGGCCGUGGUAGCAGGGGUGGUCGGAUGAAUUUCUCUUCUCGUCAUUCAUCACACGAUGGUGCUGGUGCAAAGAAUUCUUUCAGAAAAGAAAAUGGUCCAAAACAGGUCACUGAUCCGUCGACUUCGACCUCUCAACAAAUAAAAACUAAAGACAAUGCGUUGGUGUCAAGUCUUCCAGCUGUGAUGGAUAAAAGUUGUGUUGGUUUGACAUCAGGAAGCUCUGAUGGUGCAUCAUCUGCUGUUGAAUCAAGCAAAAAUCGUGUGGCAUUGGGCUUUAAUGAAGAGCAUACUGAGCAGAAGUCGGUUGGUUCUAAGCCACUCUCCCGUCCAUCCUCCUCGGAGGUUCGAUCCACUUCUUCAAACUCCAAAUCAGUGAGCGAGCAACACCUUGGACAAAGCAAGUCACAAAACAGAUCCCGUGGGGUGGGGAAGACUUCCGUAAAUGAUGCUUAUGUUCAAAGGCCUGCUUCAUCUCACAGCAACAGCACAGGUAGCCGGCCGUCGUCUAACUACAGUAAUCGUUCACAUCAGACUGUUGGUCCUCAAAGAGGUAAGGAAUGGAAACCGAAGCCAGUGAACCAAAACACUACUCAGGGUUCUGGUGCAUCGGCUACAAGUGAAGCUCUUGCGGUUCCUACUGAAGCCAGUGAAAAAUCUGUUAAGGAUGUCCCUUCUGCAGAUGGCACAUCUAGGUUGCAGAGGCAGCUUGAAGACUUGCAGGUCCAACGUCAGCAUGUUAUUAUUCCAAACCAUAUCCUUGUUCCAGAGGCUGAACGAACCAAGUUUAGCUUUGGAAGCUUUGAUGCUGGAUUUUCUAUAACAUCAAGUUCAGUAGUUUUUCCAGAGAAUGAAAAGAGAUCUGCACCUCUCUCUCAGAAUUCACAGGAAGUUGAAGAUAGUUUGGAAGAGGAAGAACUUAGCAAGCCAAAUAUCCAUUCGACUGAAAAGGACGAUGAGGAUAAUGUCUACUCCGAGUCGCCUUCACAAGUUCCGAAUGAUAUGGCUGGUGAAGGUAUCAACGCAACAGAUGCUGCUCCAGUGUAUGAUGUCUCCAAGCAAGAGAAUAUGUUGGAGUCAGAAAGCAAUCAAAACCCUUUUGAUCACGUUCCAAGUAAUAUUAUCGGGACUGUUCCUCCAGCUCCUGGGAGCCAGCAUCCGCAGUUUGAGAAUGCUGACCCUCAAGCACGUGAUGCCCUUCGUAUUCCUAACUUUGUGGUUCCGCAACCAUUUGAUACAGCGAGUUACUAUGCUCAGUUCUACCGAUCAGGCCCUGACAGUGAUGGCCGUGUUUCUCCCUUUGUUUCUCCAGGGGUUGCAUCCAAGUUUAAUGGAAAUGUUACAGUAUUGCCCCCUCAUUCGUCUCAAACCAUGCAAGAGGGUGGAAACAACUUAGUUCUGUCGACUGCGAGUCCAACUCCACUGGUAACACAGCCUGCUGGGCUAAUGCAGAACUCUAUACCUGUCACGCAGCAGCCUGUUCCUUUCCUACGCCCCCCAGGAUUACACAUGUCACAUUAUCCACCGAAUUACAUGCCAUACGGACACUACUUCUCCCCGUUCUAUCUACCUCACCCGGCAAUGCAACAGUUCUUAAGCAAUGGUACAUUUGCUCAGCAACCUCAGGCAAGCAGUGUGUAUCCUGCUGCUCCGCCACCCCCUGGAGCUGCAACUGGAGGCAAAUACACACUCCCUCAUUACAAGCCUGGGAAUAAUACAAAUCAUGUUGGUAUGCCUGGUGGUUACGGACCAUCACAUGGUUCCUUCCCAGCAGGAUAUAAUCCCAAUUCUGCUGCUUCAGCUGGGAAUUCAACUUCCAAUGAGGAUCUCAGCACAUUGCAGUUGAAGGAAAACAACGGCUACAGCACAACAGGGCAACAGAGUGAAGCAUUACCUGUUUGGAUUGCUGGACCAGGACGAGAUAUGCCGAGCCCUUUCUACGGUUUACAGCACCAUGGUCAACACGUGACUUACGCUCCAGCACAAGCCGGUCACGUGGCGUUCCCAGGUAUGUAUCAUCCGGGACAAGCAGCAGUGACAGCAGCAGGAGUUCACCAUCCGCUCUUGCAACAGUCUCAGGGUGUUACUGGAGCUGAUAUGGUUGCACCUGGGCCUAACGUCUUUCAACAGCCUCAGCAAACACCGAUGAAUUGGCCAAGCAAUUACUGAAACAGGAAGGAAAAGAAGAUUUUGGAGGGAUUGAACCAGAGUAUCAGGAAGAUAUGGUGCGGGUUUUUCGUUGACUGGCGUGUGUGUGUGUAUGUCAUCUAACAAAUUACCGAAGAAAGGAAACUAUGAAGUUGAGCAUGAAGGGAUUGACACAGGAUGAUCAUAAAAGGAUAGGGGAAAGGUAUUGCUUAUUGAAUCUAGUGUUUUUUUUUUGUUGGUGUUUCUAUAUCUUUUCAUUUUUUGGGAUUUUCUUAGUUAUUUUUAGCUCUUGUGAGCUUAAGCCAACAGAACUUUUGCUACCUGAGUCUGUAUCUGAAGACUCUUCCUUCUUUUGUCAGCCUUUUGUGUGAACAUGUUCAAUAUGGAGUUAACCUGAAUUUUUUUAUUUGA